GGGGGAGAAUGGAAGUUCAGAAGGGUUUUCAUGGUGUUUGAUGGAUCUGAAGGGCAUUGAGGGGCCCUUUUGGCUCAAGAUCUGCGGAUCAGAAUGAAGUGGGCAGCUCUUUUGGCUGUCCUGCCACUGCAAGCGGCCGGCGCCAGCUUGCAAAGCGCAGAAGAUCAAAGACUCCGGGAGAUCACACGCUUCGGCCCGGGCGCCUGCGUCUCAGCCUUCGUGAGCGCCGCGCCGUCCGCGACCUGCGUGGUGCAGACCGACUGCGCACAGCAGCCCAGCUUUGCCACCUAUGCACUUCGCUUGAUUUGCGUGGAUCAAGAUGGUGGACAAGUGCUUCAUAGUUUUCAGGAGGGUGGCUUCGAUGCCGAGGAAACCUUUGACACGGGCAUUCCUUGCCAGCGCUGUGAGUCCGGCGAUGGCGUGCCCAAAUCCAUGCUCGCAGCCAAAUCCAGUGUCAGCCAACAAGCUUCAGCGAGCCAGAGCACUUCGGUGAACAGCUCACGAAUGGAAAGCCUGGAACGGGAAGUCCAUGCGCUCGCAACGAGCAUGGCACACAUCGAGAAGGUGGUGGCUGACCUGAAAGCCCAGUCCAACCAUUCUGAAGAAAAGGCAGUGCGUGAUACCCAGCUGCACACGUCAGCAGGCACUCCCAUGGUGGUGGUGGAGAAGGCAGUGAACCAGAGGACCGGAACCAGCUUCGCAUUGCGCAAAGGGCAACACGCAGAAACCGUCGACACGGCUGAGAAGGUGGUGACCCAGGUGCAGGCCAGAUCCAACCAGUCUGAAGCCGCAUUGCGCAAGAGCCAGCUAAACGCAUCAGUGGAUACGGCUGUGGAGAAGGCAGUGGCUGACCUGCAGGCUGCAUCCAACCACACCGAAGCAAAGGCUGUGCCUAACACACAGCCACGCGCGUCAGUGGACGCUGCUGUCGCACUGGCUGUGGCUGACUUGACCCGCUCCAAUGCGUCAGAGGCCAAGGCCCUGCGCGGCUCCAUACAGCCCAUGCCAAAGCUAGUGCAGCUUCAUGUGCCGGAUUCCAGAAGCCUUCCAACGCCUGCCCCACGCACUGCCGUCGGCUUGCUGCGGGUGAAGGCCAGGAAGGGUGCCGCUUCGUCGGGUGCUUUGAGCGGCGCGGCGGUGCAGGAGAUCGCCGCCUCCGUGGUGCGGGCGCAGCACGAGGCCGAGGAGGCCGCCAACCAGGCUGAGCUGGAUGCAAGCAACGCAAGCAGUGCUCAGGGCGGGCAGCUGGAGCAGCUCACUGAUGUUGCUGAGGAAGACCUGGCUGGCCUCCUGAAUGUCACUGAGAGCGCUUCCGUGUAGCAAGCCGCAAGCUCCAGCAGCUCAUAGCUUCACUCAUCCAGGAACCGAUGUCACAACUCCGAAUCGCGGAUGAGUGUAGGCCGUAGGCCGCUGCGGCGCCGCUAGUUAGGCCAGACUGAGUGGGAACUCGAGGAAGUGCAACAAAGGAGUGAGAUGAGUUGGUGG